AUGACAGACGGAGUGGGCAUCAAGUGCCACGAGCAGGGCUCAAGUGGUCGAGUGGGCGCUGAACAGGCAAUGAAUGUAAAUCUCACACGUCGACUCGAGUUCUAG